AUGCUCAGUGGGGACAGCAGAGAUUUUGUGUCCAGAGGAGCUGAGGAACAGACAGGACAGAUCCUGCUGUCAGCCCUUCCACAGCACUGUCACAGGGACAAUCCCUGCGCUGCCGAGUCCUCAGAGAACAGCCAAAGCAGCUGCCAGGAGCAGAGCUCAGACCCUCUGGACACAGUUUUCCAGUACCCAAAUCCAAAGGCGCUGGGAGGGAAAGUGGAGCCAGGGGCAGGGCAGCAGAACCUGGGAGUGGGCUAUAAAGUGGGGGCCUCGCUGCACCCCGAAACACAAGCCCGCUCACUCCAACAAGAACCAGCAGCUGCCCAGAUCAUCGUUUUCGACCAGGAGAACUUCCAGGGCAGGCAGAUGGAGUUCACCACCGAGUGCCUGAACCUGGGGGACCGCGGCUUCGACCGGGUGCGCAGCGUCAUCGUCACCUCUGGACCCUGGGUGGCCUACGAGCAGGCCAACAUGCGCGGGGAGAUGUUCAUCCUGGAGAAGGGGGAAUACCCUCGCUGGGACACCUGGUCCAGCAGCUACCGGAGCGACUGCUUCAUGUCCAUGCGUCCCAUCAAAAUGGAGGCCGAGGAACACAAAAUCUCCCUGUACGAGUCCGCUGACUUCAAGGGCAACAAGAUGGAAAUCCAGGAGGACGACGUGCCCAGCCUCUGGGCUUAUGGCUUCUGUGACCGUGUGGGCAGCGUGCAGGUGCCCAGUGGAACGUAA